AUGACUGACCUUCCAGAGUCGCCUCGUAGGCGUCUCCUCAGUGCCCAACCCUCUAUCUUACAGUAUCCGACACAUCCUCCACUGACAGCUUCAGUGGAAGAGUGGCUGUCCCAUUCACGACCUGCCAAUAUGACGUCAGAUCGAACAUCUGAUUAUCCGCCCAAUACCCUGAGUGAUAGCUGGGCUACCCUGAGUGUGUCUGACAUACACUCAGAGGAUGGUAGUCACUCCGAACAAACUGACGUAUGUUCCUUGAUCGAUCACACCAGCCCAGACGAUGUUGCAAGUCUCGACGAACGAUACAGCAGUAGCGAUGCCGAGGAGCAGGACGAAGAAGACAACCAAGAGGACGAUGGAAUCGAUGAUGAUGAAGUGCAGUGCACUGACUCAGUUUCCCAAGAGUUGCCUGCUCUCUUUGCUGCUAGAGGAGGUAACAGUACCGCUAUCGAUGAUAGCACUGCAACCACCAAGCCCGUCUUUCCCCGCACCAGUGAUUCGAUCGAGUUUGUGGAGCCCGAGAAGUGGCCCGAAAUCGAAAGAGUGGAGCUGAAGCAUACCAUCCGUAUCUUUGAAGGUGCUGCAGCUUCGGAGCUGAAGAGCCGACUUCCAUACAACCCAGACGACUCCAUCUUGAUGGCCACUGUUCAACAGACCAUGACCAAACAGAGCCUCGACCUGGACAAACCUUUCCGUGUUCUUUAUGUCGGACACCCCGGGUUCCGAAACAUCAUUCUCGACAAGAUCGGUGAUGUUCUGGUUUCGAGCUCGAGUGCUGGCUCAGAAGCUAGCUCCGCUGAAUCCUCCCGAUACCAUGUUGUACCAACUUCAUUUGGCGCUGGCGCCAUCCCCAACUUCGCGGAACUCCUACCGAUUCAUGUCCAACUAGUGGUUGACGAAUGUCUGGAAGCCACAGCUGAUCUAAAUCCAGACCGGCCUAACACGCUUAAUCUGAGAUUUAAGAACCGUCCACUGUGCACUUCAGCAUGGAACGGACUCGAUUUCCACGUCUCCUCUACAUCAGAUUGGACUUUACCUGAUGUAGCCAUUCUCUUUGUCUCUAACAACGAUGACGAAGCCGCUGUCAAAACCCAGCGUCUUACUCACACUUUCCUGGAGCGUCAUGGAAUUCCGGCGAUGGUGAUUUCCGAAGAGCCGCUGUGGAAUAUGGCUGGGGAAAUUAUUCCUCUCAAUCACAACAGUUUGCACACAUGCCUGGAAUCUCGACAUCCGCUUUCCGGGGAAACUGCAGUUCUCCGACGAUACCCUAUCGAUUUGAAGACAUUCGAGAGCAUCACCCCUGGUCAGCUCAACCGAAACCUGGCUUCGCUCGUUGGGUUGUAUCCAGAGAAGGCACAUAAGGUUUCCGCCAAUACUCCCAAACCUGUUCAAAGGCACUUCUUUGCUGAUCUCGAGAAAUCUCCCGGCAAUUGGCUUCCACAGUCGUAUGCUACCAGGGCCAGAGAAUUGGCUCCCACUUUGCGUCUGGCCACUUUGACUCUCAUUUCUGCCAUUGCUAUCUCCAUUGGAUAUGCAGCUGUCAAGGUGUUGGUCCUUUUCCUAGCACAGUGUAUCGUGGGAACAUCUAUCUCCAGUGCAUCUCUUUCAGCGGCAUCUCAAGUCUCUACCACCUCUAUCCCGACUCUGAAUUCAGUGAAUCAAACCCCAAUCAUGACAUUGCCAUCAUCAGUGCGACUAUUGCAUGUACCCUCUUUGGGUAAUUCAAUUCCUGCAGAUAACAAAGUGUCGGCUAUCUCUCCCCCGAGAAAGCCAGCAACGACCGAUGAAUUCGAGUUUCAAGUCAUUGGAGACUGCCAUGUCAUUAUUAAGCCUCCCCAAAAAUUCGCUUUAUCCAAAAAACACCAACAGUUCAAUGUUAGCGUCCAGAGACAAAACAAGGCUCUUGCCUAUGAACUGUCACAACUGUUUGACGGUGUUUACACACUGAAGCUGGAUCGUGAGGAUGCGUACGGCUUGAUCAACUUGACCAUCACAGCCAAAUCCAAACAUACAAUCAACCAAACCAUAGCCCUAGACUUCGGAACGCCAUGGCUGAAGAUUGCGAACUGGAAACGUGCAGCGCGCGGGAUCUCCGCGCAAUUCGCCAAAGACCUGCAGACGGCUCAAACUGGCCUAACGGAGGUGUAUGGUCGAUUCUCCACUGACUUGCAGGUGAUCGUGGAAGAUGUGGUGAAAAAAACACACAUUUUGCGCCGCGAUGCAGAGAGCCUACGUCGUGAGAGUCUCGGUGCACGCGAUGCUGUUCUCUCACGCUCCAAACAAAUCUCCGAGGUAUUUACCCGCAACGCUCUUCAACGGUUCCAAAGCGUCUCCUCAGUAUUGCAAACGCGUUCAAAGUACGUCAACAAGGAGGCUAAGGGACUCAUGCAUAAUGCCUGGGAUCGCCUUGAGAAGUCGGCGGCCAAAGUGGAUAUCCGCAGCAUGAUGGACCGAGUGCGCAAAGCUAGGAAGUGUGAAGCGCUGAGCCGGGCUCAAUUGCGUGCACGAUACUUUAUGGGCGUCUGGUCAACCAAAUCCGAUGAUUGCUCAACUCUUCCUUGCUCGAAAUGA